AUGCCCAAGGUGUCCUGGCAGAUGAUUUCCUCGGCGGUGCUCUUCCUCCUCCUCUGCGUGCCGUUGAUGUGCAACCGCAGUGAAGUUGUGCAUGCUGAGUCGAGUAAUUCAAAGGGCGUGCAGCUGCCACAGGGGGUCGAAGUUUUGGUGCCGCAGAAGACGCAUGUGGAAGUAAACGGUGAAGCUGAAAGUCAAACGAGGGAUUUUUUCAGCUCACCUUCGCUUGUCCAAGCUGGUGGAGUCUUGGUUGCUUUUGCCGAAGGCCGAACUCAAUAUACUGGCCUCCAUCAUGAACAUGCUUCUUGGCUUACUUAUGCUGAUAUUGUGGCGGGGUACAUUAACGCUGUGGAGCCGUGGUCGUCUUUUGUCGCCGAGGUAAACGCAAACAAAUGGAAGGCACAUACCGUCUUUAUCAGAGGUGCUAAAAAGAGGGGUAAUGUGGGCCGUGCGCUUCUACCUACAGCAGUUGCAAAGGGCAACAAGGUGUUUCUACUUGUGGGAAGCCAUGAGGCUACGUAUAACGCUACCGCAAAGAGCUGGGAUAAAGUGUCCAGGCAGCUUGAUUUGCUCGUGGGUGAGGCCACGCAAGAUAAAGUCAUCCAAUGGGGCAAACCCACCUCGCUAUUACGGAUCACCCAACCUGCUAACCAACGUGGCCUGAAAGACUUUUAUGGUGCUGGUGGCUCAGGCGUUGUGAUGGAGGAUGGCACGCUUGUGUUUCCUCUUUUGGUGAGAAGGAGUAAAAAAGACUUUGUCUCUAUGAUCAUGUACUCAAGGGACGACGGCAAAAAUUGGGUGCUUCCAAAGGGCACGUCCCCUGCAGAUUGCAUCGACCCCCUCAUCGUUGAGUGGGAGCAGGGGCAGCUUGUCAUGGUUGCCAAAUGCAAUUCGCUUUCCAAUGUGUUCGAGUCGAGGGACAUGGGGGAAACGUGGACGGAGGCUGUCAGGAUACUCACACGCGUGCAUCCCAUGUUUUUGCCAAACCCUUCGCGAGCAGCUGAGGGUAUGACAUCCUUCACCACUGCGACCAUUGCUGGAAAGAAGGUCAUGCUGUACACUCAGAAAAGGAUUCCCCCUGCGAAGCGGAACGUCACGUCGCUAUACCUUUGGGUUACUGAUAACAACCGCACGUUUCACCUCGGGCCCAUUUCCAUGGACACUACAGAGAAGCCGAUGUUAGCCAACACCCUGCUGCACUCGACUGAAGGACUGCACCUUCUGCGAGAAAGAGGCAGUAGACCAGCUAGGCGCCUGGUUAUCACUCCCCUAACGGAGGAGCUGAAGACGGUCAGGUCUGUCGUGGAGACGUGGGCAAGACUUGAAGCAAGGAAAGGUGACGGCUGCUUGCGUGAGAGUGUGUCACGGGCGCUCGGGCUGCUGGGGCUAUGCGGGGUUGUGUUUCUGUUGUGA